AUGGAAGAUCCAAUGACUGCACAUUGGGAGAUUAAGCCUCACGUUGGUAUGGUGUUUAAUUCUGAGCAAGAGACAUAUGAUUUCUACAAUGGAUAUGGAAGAACGAAGGGGUUUAGUGUCAGAAGAGAUUGGGUACAAAAGAGUAUCAAAGAUAACAAGACCAUUACAUCAAGGGUAUUUGUAUGUAACAAACAAGCAAAAAGGAAACUAGACAAAAGAGAUGAUAAUAUUGUCACGCCUCGAGCGGAGACAAGAACUGAUUGUCUUGCACAGAUGAGAAUAAAAUUGAAUAUUGAUGGGAUGUACAAUUGCAUUGAAUUUGUUGAAGAACACAAUCAUGAAGUUCACUUGCCAUCUACUAGUCAUAUGAUGAAGUCACAAAGGAGUGUUUCUAAAUUUCAUGCGUUUGAAAUUGAUCUGGCAGAUGACUCUGGUAUUAGACCUAAGGACAUGUUUGAGUACAUGAGUAGGCAUGUAGGUGGCAGACAGAGUAUUGGGCACCUGAAGGAAGAUCAAAAGAAUUAUCUUCGAACUAAGCGUCAACGAGACCUUCAUUAUGGUGAAGCCAAGAGUUUGCUAUUGUUUGAUACAACAUUUUCUACAAACAAAGAGUCUAGACCUUUUGAGAUAUUUGCUAGAUUCAAUCAUCAUAGGGGAAUCGUCAUAUUUGGGGCUGCACUUUUGUAUGAUGAGGCGGCUGAUUCGUUCAAAUUGUUGUUUGAGGUUUUUCUAGAAGCUCAUGGACAAAAUAAGCCAAUCACUAUUUUCACAGAUCAAGAUGCUGCAAUGGGGAAGGCUUUGACUGAGGUGUUACCUAACACAUGGCACAUCUUGUGUAUAUGGCGUCUAAUGCAAAAUGGCAUAAAGAAUUAUGGGCUACAUGAUGAAGAUGACUCAAAAUUUUUAGUAGACUUGAAGAAGUGUAUUUUUCAUUAUGAUGAUGAAUCACAAUUUGAAAUUGCAUGGUAUAAACUAAGGAGUGAUCAUCAGCAUUUCGAAAGGGUUGUGGCUGACAAGCGUGCUAACGAGUUGAAGGUAGAGUUUGAUGCAAGAAAUAAGCUUCCAAGAAAUUUAUUCAUAAAGUCACCUGUUAUGAAUCAAAGAGCAAGAGUUUAUACUCCUAAAAUAUUUGAAAAACUUCAGAAAGAGUAUGAAUGGAUUCCAGCAUGCUACAUCAAGAAAAUUAUUCAGAAUGCCACCUAUGCAUAUAUAUUGAGGAGAUGGACACGAACAACAAGAAAUAUAGUUGUACAUGAUAUUGAAGGAAAAGUUGUUGUGGAUGAUGUCCACUUGGAUUGUUCACAAAGGUAUAUGCAUAUUUGUCCUAAACUAGUUAGGAUUGCAGCAAUAGCAUCAAAUUCAUCUGAGGGUUAUGCUUAUGUGGACAAUGUUGCUGAUAAGAUCUGUAAACAUCUGAAAAGUUUAAAUAUUAGCUUUGAUGGGCAGGAUGAUGAAAGAGUUUUAGUUAAAGAUACUGUUGUCAACAAUGGAUUAACUCUCAAGAAAAAAAAAUGGUCCAAAAGAAGGUGGUAG